GCUAACAUUGGAAUGGCCCCGGCGGCUGGUGUGAGGAAGGAAGGCGGUGGCUGACCCCUUCAUCCUUUUGAGCCUCACCGGCCCCAGUCCCUUCCUCUUUCUUUGUAAGAAACCAACCACUCCAUCUAUAUACCCUCUAUAUACUCUCCUACGACUAACGAACCCACUCUCCUACAUCCUCAGACAUCCUCGGCAGCUGGUAUCCUUCCUCCAUCACACAGCCAGCCAGCCAUGAAGAGCAUUCGUUCCUCGUGGCUCAUCCGGAGCAGCAUAGCCACUGCCCUGUUCUGGUCCCUCACACCCCUCCUGUCCCCCUCAACCUCGUCAAUAUUUACCCAAGCAGCACCACCAGAGUUCACGACUACACCCAGGAACCGCAUCUUCUUCUGGAAGGUCACCAGCACAACCCUAGCGCCCGAUGGGGUCACCCGCCCUGUCAUCCUCGUCAACGACAAAUACCCGGGCCCAAAGAUUGAGGUCAACCGGGGUGAUGAGAUUACAGUCGUGGUCGAGAACGCACUCGAUGUCCCGACAUCCUUCCAUUGGCAUGGCAUGACCAUGAAGGGCGACCCCUGGUACGAUGGUGUGCCUGGCAUGAACCAAUGUCCUAUCCCCCCUGGCACCAACUUCACAUAUGCGUUUGGCACAGACAAUGUUGUUGGAACACAUUGGUGGCACGCCCAUUUCGAAAACCAAUAUAUCGACGGCCUAGUGGGCGCCAUCAUCAUCCGAGACCCACCAGAGACAAACCCAUUUCUGCACGCCUACGAUGAGGAGCGGACAGUGAUCCUCUCGGACUGGUAUCACCAACCCACAGGCGCACUCCUCGCGCAUUAUCUCUCGCCGGAUAGUCAUGGCAGGGAACCGGUGCCGAACAACGGCCUGAUUAACGGCAGAGGCACCUUCAAUUGCUCCAAUGUCCAAGGAGACCUGCCGUGCGUGCAGGGCGAGCGGGCCGUUAUUCACUUCGUCCCAAACAGACGGUAUCGGCUGCGAAUCAUCAAUAGUGGUGCUGCUGCGCCAUUCCUGUUCUCGAUUGACAACCACCAGCUGCAAGUGAUUGAGGCCGACGGGACGGACCUGAACCCAAUUAUGGUCGAAAGUCUACCGAUCAACACUGGACAGCGCUAUUCUGUCAUUGUCACAGCAAACCAGGACGUACAAAACUACUGGAUGAGGGCCGAGAUGGGCACAGCGUGUUUACCCAACACCACGACGAAUUUGGACCCCGUCAUCCUGGGAGAAAUCCGGUAUCAAGGCGCAGGCGCCACAACACCGACCUCAGUAGGGCGCUUUGUUCCCGCGCCCGCGCAAAAGGGUCAACUACCCCAGGUCAAUCCUGCGUUUGCGGAGGCAUGUGAGGAUCUCGACCUCAAUAUGCUCCACCCAUUGAAGUCUCAGCCUGUACUGGAACCGAUUACGAACAGCUUCCUGAUCAGGAUCUCGUUCAAGAAGAAUCAAGAGGACAACAUUGUGCGUGGAUACAUGAACGAUAUCACCUAUGCCGGCAACGCAUGGAACCCGACUAUUGUGCAAAACCUCAACACCUCGGUCGUCUACGAAGUGAACCAGCAUGUUAUGAAGAUCGAGAGGCGUAAUGCCAUCGUGCAGAUCAUUCUGGACAACUCGCUGGGUGACGAACAUCCGUUCCACCUGCACGGACAUACCUUCCAGGUCAUCGCGCAGGGGAAGGGUAUGUACGAGGAGGGCAAGACGCCUAUCAAUGCGGUCAAUCCACUACGCCGAGAUACGGCGACGGUGCCCCGAUACGGAUACACGGUGAUUCGAUUCAAGGCUGAUAACCCUGGAGUGUGGGCAUUGCACUGCCAUAUUGAAUGGCAUGUCACGACAGGCUUGGUCAUGCAGUUCAUCGAGCUACCGGACGAGCUGCGCGCGAUGGGCAUCCCCAAACAUAUCAACAAACUCUGCGAGACAGGACCCCCCAUGGGUUUCAAAGCCCACACUGGCUUCGUUCCAAAAUCGCAGGCAGCACCAGCACCGGCACCGGGCCCAGAAGCACUUGAGGAGGACCGCUAGUUGGUAUUGGCUACCUGCUCCUCCUUAUUUAGCUAAUACCAUUGCUUAUAGAACCAUGUCCCAGACCAUCCAUGCUAGCAUUCCAUCGUUACAUCUAGACUUUAAAAUGUUUAUAAAUGUUUGUACAUACAUAUUAGCCAUCUUUGGA